AGUGCAGCUCCCAGCCUCGGGUUACUAUUACACCAGUUUAAACAAAACCAGGGAGGAGGAAUAGGCAGAGAGUGAAAUUGACAGGGAGAGUGGAACUGACAGUGCAUUAACCCGGGGAGUUACAGCGGAAACAAGACGACUGAUUCACUCCUUUUUAAGUACAAGAGAUCAUUUGUUUGAAGCUUGCAACAAGAACAAUUUCAUUCGCUGUGGGAAGCUCCAAUUCUCUCUCUCACACACACAGACAGACAGACAGACAUACCGAAGCCCAGGAGUUACUCUGUAACCUUGCGGAACUCCCGCUGGAAAGGACAUUUGGAUCCGAUCAACCAGGUCUUUUUUGCAGGGAUUUGUAAGCGUGUGUAUUAAAUGUGAGACAAAGACUCGCCUCCAAGAGACUCUCUGGUUUACAACCCAUUUGUUAAAUUACUCACAAGGGGUCUGUGUACACCUCCCUCCCUCCCCACCGAGAUUCCUAAAAGGGGUUUGGAUUUGUGGCUGUCAGAGAAGCGCAGUCUGUGAAUCAAUCCGAGGAGCCCUGUGACCUGAUGGGUUGCUGAGGUCCCCUCCAGGAACAUUUGAAGGAGCAUGGUCAAACAUCAACCACUUCAGUACUAUGAACCGCAGCUGUGCUUGUCUUGUCUGACUGGAAUCUAUGGGUGCAGAUGGAAGAGGUACCAGAGGUCUCACGACAGUACGACAAAGUGGGAGCGGUUAUGGUUCCUUAUCCUCUGCACUGGCUUCUUUAUGACUCUGGUUUGGUUCUACUUCUGGUGGGAAGUACACAAUGACUACAAUGAGUUCAACUGGUACAUGUACAAUAAGAAGGGUUACUGGAAUGACUGGUCAGUCCCAGUACUAGUCCUAGCAUCGACCGGAUUCAUAUAUGUCACGUUUUUAUUGAUUUUAGCGUUAUGCCACAUUGCGGUGGGGCAACAGAUGAACUUGCACUGGCUGCACAAGGUUGGGCUAACGGUGGUACUGGUGGCUAUUCUCGUCGCCGUGAUCUCCGUUAAUCAGUUGUGGAAUGAAGAAUGGGAUAUUAUUCUUAUAUCGUUCCAAGCCACGGCACCUUUCCUACACAUCGGUGCAGUUGCUGCUGCUACGAUAUUGGCCUGGCUCAUUGCCGGGCAGUUUGCUCGCUCAGACAGAGUUGUUUUUCAGACUUUUCUACUCCUCGUAUACCUUGGAUUGUUAAUAGCACUUUACCUGGUCCCUCUGAUCAUCUACUCUCCCUGCAUCAUGAAGAGGGAGGAUUUGAGCCGGAGGCCAGCCGUCAUUGGAAACAGGGGUGUGCCGAUGCUGGCCCCGGAGAACACCUUGAUGUCAUUCCAGAAAGCUGCGGAGUGGCGAGCUGACGGUUUCAACAUCAAUGUCACCAUCAGCUACGACGGUGUUCCCUUCCUGAUACACGACACAACGCUGAGGCGGACAACCAACGUGGAGGAGCUCUACCCCAACAGGGUCUUUGAGAAUGCCGCCAUGUUCAACUGGACCAAUCUGCAGAUGCUCAACGCUGGCCUCUGGUUCUUUCAGGAGGAUCCAUUUUGGACAGCACAGGACCUCUCGCAAAAAGACAACAUGGAGGCUUCGAAUCAGUCUCUGUGUAAACUGGUGGAUGUGCUCACCCUCGCGGUGCACUGGAACAAGAGCGUGAUGGUGAACCUCUGGAGACCGCCCCAUGAACAUCCUUUCUACACUUCCUGGAUCAACGUCACCCUGGAAACCAUCCUGGAGUCUGGAAUUGCCCAGGAGCUGGUGAUCUGGCUGCUGGAGGAGGACAGGCAGAUGGUUCGCCAAGUGGCACCAGGUUUCCAGCAGAUGUCCUCCGUGAAAGAAAAUGUGACAGUGCUACGCUCGCAAGGCAUCACCGGAUUAAACCUGCGGUACAACAAGAUCGAUGCCAAGGAGGUGCGUGAAUAUGCAUCGGACAACAUCAGCACCAACCUGUAUCUGGUGAAUGAGCCGUGGUUAUACUCGGUGCUGUGGUGUGCUGGGGUGCAGUCAGUUACCUCUGAUGCCUGCCAAGUCCUGAGUGAGGUGCAAGCUCCCACCUGGAUUAUGUCUCCUGGUGAAUACUACAUGAUUUGGAUAACUUCUGACAUCAUUUCGAUCACCAUCGUGGUGGGGAUUUUCAUCCUGCAGAAAUGGCGGUUGGGUAGUAUGAGGACCUAUAACCCGGAACAGAUUAUGCUGAGUGCGGCAGUCCGCAGAUCGAGCAAGGAUGUCAACAUAAUGAAAGAGAAACUCAUCUUUGCAGAGAUCAACAACGGCGUGUCCAACUCCGACAACGACUCGCUGUGCUCCGAAAGCGGGUUUGAGGGCUUUGCAGAUGAUGUCAGCUCCCUGGGCCGGGGCAGGGCCAAGAUGCGGAUCAACUGAGGGGCAUUGUUGGGCCCUAACUCUCACCGCCACCCUCCCCUAACUUCCUCACCCCCCAUGACUUUGAGACGUCUGGUUUCGGGAACAGUCCCACUGCUCACCACCACCCCUUCCCCCUGCAUCGCCCCUCCCUACCCGCUACCCAGCGUCCUGACCCACCCGCCCAACUCUGCCUCCCUCCACUCCCACCUCCCGAUUUCCUCCUUUUGAGACGUGGAAAAUGUGGACUGGGGUUCCACUCUGAACUGAGCCAUCGUUGUGGCAAUACUGAACCAUGUUUGGAGGGGAGGGGGGAGGGUGGAGGCAUGGAAGAGGGGCUGCUUGAGGGGUAAUUGGGAGGGUCCUCAGAUUAGUGCUGUGCAUGUGAAGGAUGAGGGUAAAAAAAAUCCCCCCUCCCCUCCCUGCCCCUCAAGUAUAUUCUCUGACAGCUGGCCCCUCUUUGCAACUGUUCUGGAUUGAGUCAAGCACAAAGUAGGGCAGGUCCUUGGAAUGAGGAAUGGACAACAAUUGCAGGAACACCUUCAGUGCUUGCUCUUUGCCGGUCGAAUAGUUCCUUGCUUCCUGUGGCAAGAGUUGUGGACUUUAGUUCAUUUCCUUAUUUCCCCAUCCAUAUCAAGUUGGCUGGUUGUAAUGUUCCAUUUACAUUUUUUGUGGGUUUGUAAAAUUACAUUUAAAUAUAAUGUGUGUGUGUAUAUAUCUAUAUAAUAUAUGGAAAAAAAUGUUCUACUUGCUGGCAAAAUGUUCAGAAGUGCACAGUGUUUCUUUCAGUUCAUAUCUAUGCAAAAUGGGUCAUUUUGUUUUAUUAAUAAUGUGACAUGGGAAAUACCAGGUAGGUUUGCCCAGAUCCAGUUGAGAGUCAACAACAUACCCGUGGGUCUGGAGCCCCACAGAUGAGGUAAGGGUGACAGAUUUCCCUCCAUGAGUGAACCAGAUACAACAAUCAACAGGAGGUAAGUGGUUGCUAUAGAUUUUUUGAGUUUAAAUUUUGCCAUCCCUCACGAUGCAAUUCAAAGCCAUGUCUGCAGAGUAUCAACCUGAGGGAUUGCAUUUCUAGCCCCAGUGACGUUACCAGCACCUCCCUUAGGAUUGAUCGUCGGCAAGUUUCCUGGUGAGUCUGGGAUGGCCCACUCAGAUACUGCUGGAGAUCCCAUGGUAUGACCUUGACUUGCACUCGCCUUUGUUGUCGUCUCCUAUUUUGCUUAAAGGACAAAUGCAAAAAUGACGGGGAAAAUGUUUUUUUUUAAAAUGGCGCCCCCUGGUUUUUGUUCCUGGGUUUUGCUAAUAGCAGUACACGAGUAGGGAGCUUAGGUUCAGUGCGUGGUGAGGCCUGAGCAUUCCCAGAGGAAUGGCAUCCUUAAUAUGAGAACCACCCAACUCUGAGGCAACAAAACAGUGGGAGACCUUUGUUGUGUUUUACUCCAGCCUUGGGGAACCAUAUGGUAUAUAUUGUUUUCCAUCUGCAUGAAGUUCAUAGAAAGCAACAGCAAGAUUCAGCAUGAGGUUUUCACAAUGGAACUCCACAUGCCAGUGUUUCCUGGAUUCUCCAUGUAGACUCCCUCUGCUGGUACAUGUCUUUGAUGGUUGCCUUAAGAGGGCAAAAUGCACAAUGCAAUUGUUUCAAUACACUACAUCCUUCCCCCUCCUUAGUAAAUGGGAGUGAUGUUGUGUUUGUUUCCAAAGUUAUAAACAGUCAAGUUAUGCAUAACUUCCUCCUUCACCAGUAAUGCUUA